GCCCUGGGGGCGGACGCAGCGACGCGGUGGGCGCUGGGCGGGGAGUCCACAGGCCAUCGCCUCACGUGAGAGCUGAAAAGGGAAGAACCGGGACGGCGCGGGCACUGAACGGGUUUUUCCACCAUGAGGACGCGAUACCUGCUCCCCGCCCUGCUGAGCGUCUCGCUGGCGCUGCUGGGGCCUGGCGAUGGAACCAUUGUGUUGUCAGUCCCUGAAGUGGUUUCUCUAGAAAGUGGAAGUUCAACAAAUGUCACUAUCUCUCUGAGGGCUCCACUAAAUGAGACACUGGUGAUAACUCUUAAUAUUACACACUCCUCAAAGCACAGCACCAUUGUUGAACUUCCUGAUGAGGUACAGUUCCCUGCAGGUCACACUAAAGCAGCCUUCCAAGUGAAAGCAGAUGAUGUGGGACAAGUAACAGUUCACCUUUAUCCAAAUAAUUCCAACUUAACCAGGCCUAGGAUUCAAUUUCAAGUGAUUCACAGCAUCAUAGUGAGAUAUGCUGAUGAGGUGAUUGGCUGGAUCUAUUUCAUCGCCUGGUCCAUCUCCUUUUAUCCUCAACUCUUUGAGAACUGGCGAAGGAAAAGUGUUGUUGGACUAAGCUUUGACUUCAUAGCAUUAAACCUCACUGGCUUUAUAGCAUACAGUGUGUUUAAUGUUGGGCUCUUCUGGAUUCCCUUAAUUAAGGAGGAAUUCCUGGUCAGUUAUCCCAGCGGGGUGAACCCUGUGGCCAUCAAUGAUGUUUUCUUCAGUCUCCACGCAGUAGCCCUGACCCUCCUCACCAUCAUCCAGUGCUGCAUCUACGAGAGAGCAGGUCAGAAAGUAUCCAAAGUUGUUGUUGGACUCCUGGCACUUGCAUGGAUCUUCACCUUCACAACGCUGUUCCUGGCUGCAGCUGAGGUGAUGACAUGGCUGCAGUUCUUGUUCUGCUUCUCCUACAUUAAGUUAGCAGUCACACUCAUAAAAUACUUCCCACAGGCCUACAUGAAUUUCCGUAGGAAGAGCACUGAGGGAUGGAGUAUUGGAAAUGUGUUACUGGACUUCACUGGGGGAAGCUUCAGCCUUCUCCAAAUGUUUCUGCAGUCAUACAACAAUGAUGAGUGGAGGUUAAUCUUUGGAGAUCCAACCAAGUUUGGCCUGGGUGUCUUCUCCAUUGUCUUUGAUAUUGUUUUCAUGGCCCAGCACUACUGCCUGUACAGGAGACGAGGGUAUGAACCUUGUGAAUAACAAACAUCACUUGUGGAGACUAAAACUUUAAACUGAACUUGGCCCUACCCUGUCUGAGGGCUUUCAAGAUUCUUGCUGCCAGUUACCAGAAAUACUGAUUCUGAUCUCUGUCACUUGAUCCUCUCUGGGCUGGAACACAAAAUGUUGCCUUGCCAAGCACUGGCUGCCAGAUGCCUUAAGGACAGCAAGCUCUCAGCUGCACAUGGGAGACUCGUGCCUGAUGGAGCUGCACACACAGCUCAGAAGGAGCUGUCCAAGCAACACAUGGCUCUUUUUUCACCAACCACAGGGAAGAGAAAGACCAAAGUGAUGUCUUUCUGAUUGGAGGUGAAGCACAAAGAGCAGAGUUCUGUCUUCCAAAAAUCUGAAUCAUGUUUAAGCAACCACUUAAUAUCUUUAAGUAAUGACUGAAGGCUGUCUGUGGAUCCAAGUGCUGCUGCUGACCUUUCCCAGACAGCUCACAGUCCAUCACCACUCAGGCUGGCCACAGCAGUACAUCACAAUAAUGGGGUUGGUACAAUUUGAACUCUUUAUUAAAAAAAAAUCCUAAAAAACCA